AUGCCAUCCCCGGCGCCGGCCACUCAAAAUCCACAGACUUUCCAAGGCAAAAAAUCCCAUUUCCCUACUCCGAUCACCCUCUUCUUUCUUUCCUGCGACCGAGGGGAUCGUCGAUCGAUGGCAACAAUGGGCGUGGGCGGAGCGGUGAAGAUGAUCGUCGGGGCGAAGGUGGAGCGGGUGCUGGCCACGUCCAAGGCGCCCGGCGCUUGCCCGUCCUGUGGCGGCCCCGUGGUGGCGACCGACGUGGAGAGCGAGCGGCGCAUCCUGUGCCUCCCGCUGUGCCUCAAGAACAAGCGCAAGUACUCCUGCACCAGGUGUUUCCGCCGCCUCGUCACCAUCUACAGCUAG